AUGGUGACCACUAGCAAGACUGUGUUCGAUACUGUUGCCACAAGCAUGGCUCAUGGUCCAUUGAAUGACUAUGACAAAAUACGGUGGUUCCAAAUAGAAAGUACAUUAGCUCCAUUGAAGUUGCUUGGCGUAUCGUUGGUUUCCAAUUCAAUUCAUCAAACAUCCGAUCCGGGACGCAUUUUGUACAUCAUCUUGGAAGCCCCCGUCUCCUCUGCCACAGUCGUGUCUAUUCCAAUUAACGUUCACCAUAGUCGUCUCGGACCAGAUGGCAGAGGUAGACCGGGGGUUUUCCAGUCUGCUGCAGCAGGAAAGUACCGUCCCACUUCAGUGUUUUCGUCGCCUGAUACCGCCUUGAAUUCCAGUUCCAUCACCGUGAUCUCACCAUCUGCGUCUAUUACCUCGCAAUCCAACGUUCUCUCGUUCAAUUGCCAUCAGAAAAUCGUCGUAUAUUACCAGAAUGUCGGCGACAUCAACAUAAAUGUCGAUGAUAUUCGGCUAGCUGUAUCGGAUCAAUGCUACAAUAUCGUUGUUCUCACAGAGACUUGGCUAGACUCACGUACGCUCUCGCAUCAGAUGUUCGGUAAAGAUUAUGAAGUUUUUCGAUGUGAUAGGAAUGCUGAUAAUAGCCGUAAGGCUAGAGGCGGAGGCGUUCUGGUGGCCGUGAACUCCAGACUCGAAGCGAGAGCUGUAGAUAAUCAAAAAUGGAUUUGCUUGGAGCAGGUGUGGACGGCGAUCACACUUGGCGACCCAACAGAUGAAGUCAUCUUAAUGGGCGACUUUAAUCUUCCAAGAAUUUCGUGGAAGAAAUCCUGCAACGGCUUCCUUUAUCCGGAUUUGGCUCAUUCGACCAUCCCUCCCAAUGCUUCUUUCUUGCUUGACAAUUACAGCUUAGCCACUCUCUCGCAAAUCAAUUACGUUACCAAUCAGAAUGACCGUAGUCUGGAUCUCUGCUUUGUGAGUGCGCAGGACACAGCCCCAUUCCUAUGCAGAGCUCCUGCUCCUCUUGUUAAGCACACUCCUCAUCAUCCACCUCUGCUGGUUACCGUUGCUUUAACAUUCUCCAACGUUCUGGCAUAUGUUAUCGAUAGAUAUGUGCCGAAAAAGAAAUGCCACCAUGCAUCCCGCAAACCAUGGCAGACCUGUGUGCUUCGACGACUGAAAUCAAUGAAGAGGGCCGCCUUGAGAAAUUUCACCACACACCGCACACAAAUUCUUCAAUAUCAAUAUGCGCGAAUCAACCACGAAUAUAAACGUGUUGCGAAGCAAUCUUUCCUACAUUAUCAGCGUCGUGUACAGAGAAAACUCAUAUCACAUCCCAAACAGUUUUGGAAAUUUGUCAACGAGCAGCGCCAUUCAGCCGGUUUGCCAUCGUCUAUGGCAUUCAAUGGAAUCGUGGCCUCUACGCAACGGGAUAUCUGCAACCUUUUCUCAGAUAAAUUUGCCAGCGUUUUCACCGAUGAGAGUUUGAGCGACGAACAUAUCAGGCAUGCUGCUGGCUACGUCCCUCUCUCCAACCAAACCCUGAGUAGAGUUGACAUCAGUUUGGAGAUGAUUUCUAGGUCGUUCUCGAAAAAACUCAAAGCGUCGUUCAAUCCGGGACCUGACGGAAUCCCAUCAGCUUUUCUCAAAACGCACAUGAAUGACUUGUUGACCCCGCUGCUCCAAAUAUUCCAGCUUUCCGUGUCUACUGGCGUUUUUCCGACCUGUUGGAAACUAUCGCAUAUGUUCCCAGUCCAUAAGAAAGGAAAUAGACGGGACGUCAAUAAUUAUCGUGGCAUUACUUCGCUUUGCGCUUUGGCUAAAUUGUUUGAACUCGUUAUUAUGGAACCGCUCAACGCUCUCAGCAAGCCGUACAUUAGCACUGACCAGCACGGAUUUACGACGGGUCGCUCCACCACCACAAAUUUACUGUGUCUCACCUCCUACAUUACCAAUUCUAUGUUACAAUACGCUCAAACGGACGCCAUUUAUACAGAUUUGACUGCGGCCUUUGAUAAAUUGAACCACCGUAUAGCUGUUGCCAAACUCGACAGGCUUGGGAUUAACGGCAACCUUCUGCAAUGGUUCCAAUCAUACCUCACUGGCCGCCGACUAGCCGUCGUUAUUGGCGACUGUCAAUCCUCUCUAUUUGCUGCUACUUCUGGCAUACCACAAGGUAGUCAUCUGGGUUGA